AGUCUUCCGGGACUCAGCUGCGCACAGCCCCGCGCCACCGGCCGCGCGGGAGUCACAGGGGGCGCCCCGCUCCCCCCGGGGCAUGUGAAGCCGUCGGGCCGCCCUAGGACUCUGCGCACGCAGCAACUUUCCUUUCUCCGCGCCGGGGCCGCGGGGGUAGCGGCGGGCGCGCGGGGCCAGGCGCUCGGCUCGGGCCAGACGCGCCCGCGGGCCGCCGCCCACCAUGAGCGACGAGAGCGCCCGGGACCUGGAGAAGCAGCUUCGCCUGCGAGUGUGCGUGCUCAGCGAGCUGCAGAAGACCGAGCGCGACUAUGUGGGCACGCUGGAGUUCCUGGUGUCGGCAUUUUUACAUCGAAUGAACCAGUGUGCAGCAUCAAAAGUUGAUAAAAAUGUAACAGAAGAGACAGUAAAGAUGCUGUUCUCAAAUAUUGAAGAUAUCCUUGCAGUACAUAAGGAAUUUUUGAAAGUCGUGGAAGAAUGCUUAUAUCCAGAACCUAAUGCUCAGCAAGAAGUGGGAACCUGCUUUCUUCACUUUAAAGACAAGUUCCGCAUCUAUGACGAAUAUUGUAGUAACCAUGAGAAGGCACAAAAAUUGCUUUUUGAACUUAAUAAGAUAAGAACAAUUCGGACAUUUCUUUUGAACUGCAUGCUACUUGGAGGACGGAAGAACACAGAUGUUCCCCUGGAAGGAUAUUUAGUAACACCGAUACAAAGAAUAUGCAAGUACCCUCUCCUUCUGAAGGAGUUGCUGAAGCGGACUCCAAGGAAACACAGUGACUAUGCAGCGGUGAUGGAAGCCCUCCAAGCCAUGAAAGCCGUCUGCUCCAACAUCAAUGAGGCCAAGAGACAGAUGGAGAAGCUGGAAGUUUUAGAGGAAUGGCAGUCUCACAUUGAAGGCUGGGAGGGGUCCAACAUCACUGACACAUGUACUGAAAUGCUAAUGUGUGGAGUUUUGUUGAAAAUUUCUUCUGGGAACAUUCAAGAACGGGUGUUUUUUCUUUUUGAUAAUCUUUUGGUGUAUUGCAAAAGAAAACACAGACGGUUGAAGAAUAGCAAGGCAUCUACAGAUGGACAUAGGUACCUUUUUCGUGGCCGGAUCAAUACAGAGGUAAUGGAAGUAGAGAAUGUGGAUGAUGGCACAGCUGACUUCCAUAGCAGUGGACACAUUGUUAUUAAUGGAUGGAAAAUACAUAACACAGCAAAAAAUAAGUGGUUUGUGUGUAUGGCAAAAACUCCAGAAGAAAAGCAUGAAUGGUUUGAAGCUAUUUUGAAAGAAAGAGAACGGCGAAAAGGUUUAAAGUUAGGAAUGGAGCAGGACACCUGGGUAAUGAUUUCUGAACAAGGUGAAAAACUUUAUAAAUUGAUGUGCAAACAAGGAAAUCUCAUCAAGGACAGAAAAAGAAAACUUACUACGUUCCCUAAAUGUUUCCUUGGAAGUGAAUUUGUGUCCUGGUUGCUGGAAAUUGGAGAAAUCCAUAGGCCUGAGGAAGGUGUACACUUGGGUCAAGCAUUGCUAGAAAAUGGAAUCAUCCACCAUGUUACUGAUAAACAUCAAUUCAAACCAGAACAGAUGUUAUAUAGAUUUCGUUAUGAUGAUGGAACAUUUUAUCCAAGAAAUGAGAUGCAGGAUGUUAUUUCAAAGGGUGUAAGAUUGUAUUGCCGUCUUCAUAGUCUAUUUACUCCAGUCAUAAGAGAUAAAGAUUACCAUUUAAGGACGUACAAAUCCGUGGUCAUGGCUAACAAACUGAUAGACUGGUUAAUUGCACAGGGGGAUUGCCGUACCAGAGAAGAGGCAAUGAUAUUUGGCAUCGGACUCUGUGACAAUGGAUUUAUGCACCAUGUCCUUGAAAAAAGUGAAUUUAAAGAUGAACCUUUACUUUUCCGUUUUUUUGCGGAUGAGGAAAUGGAAGGCUCAAAUAUGAAGCAUCGACUUAUGAAACAUGAUUUGAAAGUUGUAGAAAAUGUUAUAGCUAAGUCAUUACUGAUUAAGUCCAAUGAAGGCAGCUAUGGCUUUGGUUUAGAAGAUAAAAACAAAGUGCCAAUAAUAAAGUUGGUGGAAAAGGGGUCUAAUGCUGAGAUGGCUGGCAUGGAAGUUGGUAAAAAGAUCUUUGCUAUUAAUGGUGACCUUGUUUUCAUGAGACCUUUCAGUGAAGUGGAUUGCUUUCUGAAAUCAUGCUUAAACAGCAGAAAACCACUAAGAGUUCUUGUGAGCACAAAACCAAGAGAGACAGUGAAAAUCCCAGACUCGGCAGAGGGGCUCGGGUUCCAGAUCCGGGGAUAUGGCCCGUCGGUUGUACACGCGGUGGGCAGAGGAACUGUGGCUGCUGCAGCUGGUCUUCACCCUGGACAGUGUAUUAUUAAAGUGAAUGGGAUCAAUGUCAGCAAAGAAACGCAUGCCAGUGUGAUAGCGCAUGUUACAGCUUGCAGGAAAUACAGGCGACCAAUGAAGCAAGAUUCCAUUCAGUGGGUUUAUAAUAGCAUUGAGAGUGCUCAAGAAGAUCUUCAGAAGUCUAAUUCAAAAACUCCAGGAGAUGAAGCAGGGGAUGCUUUUGAUUGCAAAGUAGAAGAGGUAAUCGACAAGUUCAACACCAUGGCCAUCAUUGAUGGGAAGAAGGAGCACGUGAGUCUCACAGUGGAUAACGUCCACCUGGAGUAUGGUGUUGUGUAUGAGUACGACAGCACAGCUGGGAUAAAGUGCAAUGUGGUGGAAAAGAUGGUGGAACCCAAAGGUUUCUUCAGCCUUACUGCCAAGAUUCUUGAAGCACUGGCUAAAAGUGAUGAUCAUUUUGUUCAAAACUGCACCAGUCUUAACUCACUAAAUGAAGUGAUUCCUUCAGACCUUCAAAGUAAAUUCAGUGCCAUUUGCAGUGAAAAAGUGGAGCACAUUUGUCAGAGAAUAUCCAGUUACAAAAAGUUUUCUCGUGUACUGAAGAAUAGAGCCUGGCCCACAUUUAAACAAGCCAAAUCAAAAAUAUCCCCUCUACACAGCAGUGAUUUCUGCCCUACUAACUGCCAUGUUAAUGUGAUGGAAGUUUCUUAUCCCAAAACUUCAACGUCCCUGGGGAGUGCAUUUGGGGUUCAGCUGGACAGUAGGAAGCAUAAUUCCCAUGAUAAAGAAAAUAAAUCUUCUGAACAAGGGAAGCUGAGCCCUAUGGUGUACAUUCAACAUACAAUCACAACCAUGGCGGCCCCUUCAGGACUGUCUCUGGGGCAGCAAGAUGGGAACGGACUCCGUUAUUUACUAAAGGAAGAGGACUUAGAAACCCAAGAUAUCUAUCAGAAACUGCUGGGUAAACUUCAGACUGCGCUGAAAGAGGUGGAGAUGUGUGUUUGUCAAAUAGAUGAUCUUCUGUCUUCAAUUACAUAUUCUCCUAAAUUAGAACGCAAGACAUCAGAGUGUAUAGUUCCAACAGACAGUGACAAUGAGAAGGGAGAAAGAAAUUGCAAGCGAGUUUGUUUUAAUGUGGCAGGAGAUGAGCAGGAAGAUUCAGGUCAUGACACCAUCAGUAACAGAGACUCUUACAGUGACUGCAACAGCAACCGGAACUCCAUCGCGUCCUUCACAAGCAUUUGCAGCAGCCAGUGCAGCUCCUAUUUCCACAGCGAUGAGAUGGACUCAGGAGAUGAGCUUCCCCUAAGUGUUCGCAUUUCUCACGAUAAACAGGACAAGAUACAUAGCUGUCUUGAGCAUCUUUUCAGCCAGGUGGAUUCAAUUACCAAUCUCCUAAAAGGGCAAGCUGUCGUGAGGGCCUUUGAGCAAACCAAGUACCUCACACCAGGUCGAGGAUUACAAGAAUUUCAACAGGAAAUGGAACCAAAAUUGUGCUGCCCCAAAAGGAUAAGACUUCACAUCAAGCAGGAUCCUUGGAAUCUUCCCAGCAGUGUCCGGAGUCUUGCUCAGAACAUCAGAAAAUUUGUUGAAGAGGUCAAGUGUAGGAUACUUCUGGCUCUUCUUGAAUAUUCAGACAGUGAGACGCAGCUCCGGAGAGACAUGGUUUUCUGCCAAAGCCUGGUGGCCACGGUCUGUGCCUUCUCUGAGCAGCUCAUGGCAGCCUUAAACCAGAUGUUUGACAACAGCAAGGAAAAUGAGAUGGAAACUUGGGAGGCCAGCAGAAGGUGGCUGGAGCAGAUCGCCAAUGCAGGUGUUCUGUUUCACUUCCAGUCUCUUCUGUCACCUAACUUGACAGAUGAACAGGCCAUGCUAGAAGAUACACUGGUUGCACUAUUUGACUUGGAAAAGGUUUCCUUUUACUUUAAGCCUUCAGAAGAGGAACCACUGGUUGCUAAUGUUCCUCUGACAUAUCAAGCCGAAGGAAGCCGGCAAGCUCUGAAAGUUUACUUCUACCUAGAUAGUUAUCAUUUUGAACAGCUGCCUCAAAGGUUGAAAAAUGGAGGAGGGUUCAAAAUUCAUCCUGUUCUUUUUGCUCAAGCACUGGAGAGCAUGGAAGGUUAUUAUUAUAGAGACAGUAUUUCAGUGGAAGAAUUUCAAGCCCAAAUAAAUGCUGCCUCUCUGGAAAAGGUCAAACAAUACAACCAGAAGCUCAGAGCAUUCUACUUGGACAAGUCAAAUUCACCACCAAACUCCACAUCCAAGGCUGCAUAUGUAGAUAAGCUAAUGAGGCCUCUCGAUGCUUUGGAUGAACUUUACCGACUCGUUGCCUCAUUUAUCAGAUCCAAGCGCACAGCUGCCUGUGCAAACACAGCUUGCAGUGCCUCCGGAGUUGGACUGCUCUCCGUUUCUUCGGAGCUCUGUAGCAGGCUCGGCGCCUGCCACAUCAUCAUGUGCAACAGUGGCGUGCAUCGGUGUACACUGAGUGUGACGCUGGAGCAAGCCAUCAUCCUUGCCAGAAGCCACGGACUGCCCCCUCGCUACAUUAUGCAGGCAACAGAUGUAAUGAGGAAGCAGGGAGCAAGAGUUCAGAACACAGCAAAGAACUUAGGGGUCAGAGAUCGGACCCCACAGUCUGCUCCAAGGCUGUACAGACUGUGUGAGCCGCCUCCCCCAGUUGAAGAUUGAAGAGAAUCCCCAAGGAGCCAGGCAAGCAGAAGCUUCCGAACACUGCAUAAGACAAAGGAUGUGCUGGCUAAACAUUUUUAACUCAAGAUAAAGAAAAGAUUUCUUUUUUUCUCUAAAUGCUUCACCAUGUAAAUAACUAAUAUUUGGAAAAUUGCUCUGUAAAUGGAUAGACGUUCAUUUACAUGAUUCAGCUUCACAAACUGAUUUCUCUGUGUAUUGACAUUAAAUAUCCUAAAAUCCAUCCUUGGAAUUUACAAUUCUACUAUCGGACAUGGGGAAAAAAAAAUAACCAUUGUGCCUCCUCUCUUGUUUAUUACAUGUAUUUUAUUGUGUUUGUUUUCAUCUUCUCCAAAUGGGAUCGUAUGAUGAUGGAUAUUUCUACUUGAAGAAGUCUGUCACUGAAGAAAUGUAGCCAUGUCUUCUAAAUCAUACUACGGUAUUACAGACGGCUUGAUGGGGUGUUGUGGGUUUUCAGAAUCCUGCUUGAAUUAGAGAAGUCCAUGUGUAGAAGGCAGAGACCAUCCUUUUUUAAUUCUUCUUGUAAGGGUGGGUUUCUUAGUAGCAGACAAGAGAGCUGAUUGAUCUCUGGAGCAUGAUGGUCCAGUUUAGGAGAUUUAUGUCCCGGGUCAGUUCUAGCAAGCCAAUUCUGUCAUUGGCCUCUGCAUGCACACCAGACUGUGCCUUUGGUGACCUAGAGGUGAGGCAAGGUAGGACUGGUAGAAGGGAGGUAAGAAAAGAUACUUAAAAGAACUUUGUUGCAACUUUUAUUGAGAUGUCAGACUCAAUAGAAGACACCAUGUUGAACAGUUUUCCAUCAAGGUUUAUCUAUAAGACAUGAAAAUAAAGCUUUAUUUGUCAAAAUUUUAAAAGGACCUCCAGGGUCUCUGAUGGUUAAUGGAAGCACAGGUGUUACUCUAUUUUCAUUCUAAAGCAUAUGUAAUGUUUAUCAUUUCUCCAUUGAUAAAAUCACAUUUUUAGCAUAGUUAUGAUGGUAAUAUAAAAGUCCAUAAUUUUUAAACAAUUAAAAUGCCCUAAUAUUAUUAUUGUAACUUUGAUAAUUAUAUAAAUUUAGACUUCAUGUAUGACAUGCCUUUCAGAACCAAACUAUUUACUAUUACUUUUUAAUUUUUGAAAUUUGAUGACAGCUCUUAAAAUUAAAAAUAAAAAUGUUUUAAUUCUAAAAUUAAAAUCUUUUCAUCAUUACCACUUGCACAUUGACUAACCAAAAUGCUGUUACAUAUGUGUAAUAUGGUUUGGAUCCUGAUAAUAAUAAUUGCUAUUUGGCACAGAAGCACUUAAGACUAGUCAUAAGUUUGUAUGUAUAAAGCAAAAUAAGCAUGUGCAUGAGAAAUUUCUAUAAAAUAGCAUUGUAAACCUCAAUUUUUUUUAAUUUAAAAAAAAGUAUUAGGGUUUUCAAAAAAUAAAUUCAAAUAAGUGGUUUGAAUUUAAUUAGCAUAAGACCUUAAUGCAAAUAUCUAUAUUAGGUCUGUCCUUUACUGUCAGAAAUUUAUCAUUACUAUCACAACUGCUACAAGUCCAAUGGUAUUAGUAAAUUGUAAUAUUUGUGUACUUAAAUUUUAUUACAUUCAACACAAACUUUCAGAGGUAAUGAGUGAGCAAAAUUGAUGAACUAGCAAACACAUUUCAUAUUGUCAUUACUUUUUUUCUGAUCAUUGUGCUAUAAGCAGCAAUCCUCAUUAUAGAGGCAUAAAGAGAUCUCUAACAUUUUAGCUGUACUUUUCUGUUUCAUGGGUAAUAUCAUCUGUCAUUGUGUUAUUUGUAAAUUGGCAAAUUUAGCAAGAUUUAAUCUCCAUAUGACAGAACGUGUUUAAUACUACAAGGGUUAAACAUAAUGCAAGUAUACCAUAUUUUAGUGUUCUUGGCCUUUAUUAGAUGCUUAAAAAUUAGUAAUGAUGUAUGUAAUAUCAGUCACUGACAUUUUUUAUUUAAUGCAAAUUUUAGCUAACCCUAAGGGGUUACUUAAUUACUUUAGUAAUUACUCUGUGCCAAGCAAUGCUUCCAGAUGCUUCAAGCUUACAUUUUUGUUAUUGUUUCCCCCAAUUUUUCUUAACACAACUAGGUAGCACUCUUUUCAUCACCUCCAUUUUGCACUUGAAGAAUCAAAGCCAAGAAUUGUUUAAAGUCUUGCUCAUGACCACACACAAUAUAUGAUAUACAUAUAUAUGCAUACAUAUAUAUUUAUUCAUAUAAUACAAAUAACAGUUUUAGCCAUGUUUUGAAGUCGCAUAAAAUAUAAAAUAUAAACUUUGACUAUUAUUCUAAAUGGUAGUGACAGAAAUGUUUAAGGAAAAAAUGAAUAAAAUAAUUUUUCAAUAUCUUAAUGCAGUUCAUUGUAACAUUUAAUAUCACUGAGUUUAUAGAGUGGAUUACCUAAAUGCUCACAUAGUUCUCUACAAUUCCUUUAAUCAUUCUUGAUCUUUCAACCUCUCUACUUGGACGUCUGCCUCUCUUAAAGGAAAGUCUAUGCAAAAAUUUUGACACAACAUGGAUUUUGAUCGAAAAUUAAUUGCUAUUUCAAAGUUGCUUCAUCUUAAACAUAUAUUCAUGUCUUAUUAAGUUUUCUAAUAUUACAUAUUAUAAAAUUUAAUAUAUUGCAAAUAUAAGUAUAAAGUAUAACGAGAAGACUAGACUUUUACACCUAUUUCCAUGCAUAGUCUUGAAAAAUAGAAACAAAGAAACAUUUUGUUUCACUUAUACUGAAAAAUCAGUUUUACUUAUACUGAACAAAAACGUUGAAUUUAGAUUAUAUGUUUUAUUUAUGAACUUGUACCACAAUCUUUGAAGUCUCAUAUUUUCUAUCUAUAACUCACAUUAUUUCUGUGGCUCAGGUGUCCCGGACACAACUCACAAUAGCAUUUAAUUUGAAAAUAGGUUAAUUUCUGUGACACAAGAAUAUGUAAGAAAUUGUAAUGGCAUUUUCUUCUUAUUCUAUAAAUUUUAACUUUUUGAUAUUAAAUAAAGGAUGAAAAUAACUUCACCUCUGCACUGUCUGUAAAAGCCAAGCAAGUGAGUGAAUAAACAGAGGGGUUUAUUAACUAAACAAACAAGGCACAGACAGCAUAAACAAAACUCAAACUUACUGGACUGUGAGGAAGUUAGUUGAGAGUACUUACUGUAAUUAUUGGAAAGUGGUGCAUUUAUAUUUAUACUAUUAAGAUCAUCUUUAAUUCACAAAGAUCUUUUUCUAUAUAGCUUGGUAUAGUACAGAUAACUACACCAAGGCAUAACUAUUAUGUAAGCAUUACUGUUCCUGGUUGUUUUUUGCUUUUUUUUUUGUAUCACACCCGGCAAUGCACAGGGGUUACUCCUGCCUCUGCAUUCAGGAAUUACUCCUGGCGGUGCUCAAGGGGACAAUAUGGGAUGCGGGAAGUCUAACCCACGUCGCCGCAUGCAAGGCAAAGCACCCUACCCACUGUGCUAUCGCUCCAGACCCCAGCAUUACUAUUCUUUUUUUUUUUUUUUUGCUUUUUGGGUCACACCCGGCAAUGCUCAGGGGUUACUCCUGGCUCAUGCACUCAGGAAUUACUCCUGGCGGUGCUCAGGGGACCAUAUGGGAUUCUGGGAAUCGAACCCGGGUCAGCUGUGUACAAGGCAAACGCCCUGCCCGCUGUGCUAUCACUCCAGCCCCAGCAUGACUAUUCUUUAAGUCAUUCUAUUGUACAUUUUACUUUAGAAAUCUUUCUUAGAAUUGCUUCUCAAAGUAUUAACUAUUGUUGAGUAUGAGGCUAAAUUGCUUUUGAGUUUUCAGAAACUGUUUUUUAAAGACUUUUCUUAAAAUGAGUUAUCAAACUGGAUUAUAAUUUAAUUACCUUCCCAAAGUCAGUUAUUUGAUAAAUAUUCUUAUACUUUUAUUUAUGUAUGUGUGUGUAUGUGGGCUGGAGCGAUAGCACAGCAGUAGGGCAUUUGCCUUGCACGCAGCCAACCCAGAUUCGAUUCCUCCGCCCCUCUCAUUGAGCCCAGCAAGCUACUUAGAGUAUCUUGCCCCCAUGACAGAGCCUGGCAAGCUAUCCGUGGUGUAUUUGAUAUGCCAAAAACAGUAACAAGUCUCACGAUGGAGAUGUUACUGGUGCCCACUCAAGCAAAUUGAUGAGCAAAGGAAUGACAGAGAGAGUGACAGAGAGAUAUGUGUAUAUGUAUACAUAUAUAUAUAAUGAAAUUCAGUUUAUGGAAUGGCCAUUUUCCCUCCUUAAGUAUGAAUUACAAAAGGCUUUCAGAAUGGUUUAACAUGAUCUAAAUUGGAUUAGGAGAACUACUCUGUGUUCCAUUAAGUUUUUGAAGUUUUAGUGAUAAAAUUUAGAAAAAAAUAUAUUACCCUACCUAAACUAGAAGAGAUUAUGGAAAGUUACAGAGAUGUCUUUGCCACAAACGAGCUGAGGUGAAUUUCUCGUACAUGCAGUGACCACAAACUUCAUGCUGCAGCAAUUCCAUUAUUUUUAUGAGUCUUCCUAUUUCAUAAUGGUCUUUAGUUUUAGAAAAAAAAAUGUGCUACUUUAAAAGUGUCUUUAAUAAUAGUUUCAGCAUUCAAAUUCACAAGUUACUCAUGCAUGGGACUGUUGGAUAUGAUUGGGGCAUCUUCUAGCUGUCAUUGUGUUGACACAUGCUUUCUGCACUCAGGAUAGAUGCUUCUCACUGAGAAGAGAUGUGUGUUUGGCUAAGAUAUAUAAGUAUUAUACUACAUGCAUAUGUACACUCAUGCGCAUUUUAUAUAGCUGGUGCUUUUGCUUUUAUAACAGUACUGUCUAAAAAUUAGACUUUUUUUAAUGCAGAUAUGAAAAACAGUUGUUCAAUACAUUGAAUUUCCUGUAGACAUCUAAGAUGCCUAAAUCCAUGGUAAGCAUACCUAGUAGACUAUCAUGAUCACUGACAUUAAUUUGCUACUCAAUAUGGAGUCAGUUUAUCUUACUUUAUGUUAUCCAAAAGUAGCUAAUAAAGAAUGAAACUGGUAUUUUUAGUGACAUUUUGAUUUAUAAAUAGAAAGAUUUGGAUAGUCCAUCUGAGGUGCAAAUAAUAAAUAUAACCCACUCAUGCAUUCAUUCAGCAAAUGUGUUUGUACAAGGAACAACUGGUGGUUUUAUGUAUUGGGUGUGUUUAGUUUGAAAACCUUCACAGUACAUUUUCUGUGUUAAUGAUUGCCUGUGUGUAUGACUUGAAAUGACACCAUUUAUAUUGCAGACCUUUUCUAGUGUAAUGCCAUGUGUGUAUGUAUACGGGGGAAUCAAGAACAUGAAGUUGGGGAAAUGCUUCAGAAAACCUACAUUUAAAUUUGAAUAUCUAGUGCCUCAAACAAAUUGAUUAGAGUUGCAAUAGAAAUAUAUUUUUAUAACUGCCUAGUAAUUGAGUAAAAUUCAGCUUUCACUUUCAAACUAUUUUAUAAGAAUUCAUUUACACAAUAUUAUUUUAACUAGUAAAAUAUCCAAUUAGUUCUAUAAAUAAAUUUUUGAAUAUAUGCAUAUUUAACAUUGUAUAACAUUCAAAAUAUAAUGAAAAUUUUCAUUUGAAUGUGGGAUAUUUUAUGAUUCCUUUUGUAAAGUAUGUAUGUAACAUAGUUUCAAUCACUUAGUAUCUUGUGUAAGUUGAAAUGAUAGUGUACUUUGUGUUUGUAUCAUUUAUUUUAUCUGCAUAAAGGACUAUAAUAGUAACAUAAGUGUCAAUAAUAAAGUAAAAUGUAGUAUGAACAUUUUACUUUUUUGCCAUUAAAAUUUAACCAAUUCUUA